AUUGGGCACAGACAGAUCCUAAAUGCUAUAGAAGGCUCUAGCCCAUGAUCAAUCCUUAAACGCCAGAUUUAGAGGGCUCUCCGGGUUUACACAGACCACAGUCUGAUUCGGAGUAUAAGCCCGGCUAAGACCCGAGCACGGCCCCAAGCCCAAGGUCUUAAGGACCGGGCGGGCCAGAAAUUGUUGUCUUAAUCCGGAUACAUAGCGCGCCUGCGUCCGCGCCUCACACCACCCGCGUGUAUUUUGAUUUGAGAACAUCUCCUGUAUUUAAUGCUGUGAUUGAUGGGAAGAUGCUCCCAAUUCACGGCUUCGAUGUGAUGUGAGACGCGCUGUGUGAGGAGUAAAUCAGAUAUAUGGGACUUCAAUUUGGACGGUUUUGAUUGAUCGAUGAAUCGAAACAAUACUCCACUCGUUCCGUAUCCGUAGUAUAGAAAAGAGUGGCAAGUUCUCAGGCAACAAAAGCCCACCUCAUCGCUGCGGACGACGAAGUCAGAGUCUCAGAGAUGGACAAGCCAAAGCAACCCUCAUCCUCCGCUCUCUGUCUUCUGCCCAUCUUGACGCCUCUCGUCGACUUCCUUCUUCUCCCAACUCAGACGAACCGGAAUGAAACCCUAAUCCCAAUCAUUUCCUGAUCUGCCAUGCUCCCUGCAUGUGAUCCCGUGGCCGCAUUUGCGUCUCGCCCCACCCGACAACGAAAGGGUGAUCUGGGAACCUAUUAAUUAAUUAUCUGAAGAUACUCAUCUUUUUCAUCUAUCUAUCGUCGUCCAUGUUCUCUUCUCAAUCCUUAGGCGGUACUUCCCGUCCGGGUCGCAUUCUCGGCCCUUCACUCGACAAGAUCAUCAAGAAUGUAGCAUGGAGAAAACAUUCCCAACUAGUAUCCGCCUGCAAAUCCGCCAUCGACAGGCUAGAAACGCUUAAAGACUCCUCCGAUCCUAUUCCGAAUUCGCCCAUCCUCGGAUUUGCUCCUGUGGAUGCUGAAUCCGUCCUCCUUCCCCUAAUCAUAGCUAUUGAUUCGGCUUCCGUCAAAGUCGUUGAGCCCGCUCUUGAAUGCGUACUCAAGCUGUUCUCUCAAGGCCUGAUCCAUGGUGAGAUCGACCGCCAAGAGGGUAAUGAUAGUCCUUCCGUUACAGCUCGGCUGAUUGAUUCUAUCUGCAAGUGUGGCGGUCUCGGGGAUGAUGGGAUCGAGCUCUCUGUGCUUAAGGUCUUGUUUUGUGCCGUUCGGUCUCCAUUCGUGUUGCUCCGGGCUGAUUAUCUGGUUCAGAUUGUUAAAACCUGCUACAACGUGUACCUUGGCAGCCUUAGCGCCACUAAUCAGAUCUGUGCCAAGGCCGUUCUUGCACAGAUUUUGUUGAUCAUUUUUGCCAGGGUUGAGGAGGACUCGAUGGAGGUUAUGGUUCACACUGUUUCUGUUAGUGAACUGCUGGAGCUUUCUGAUAAGAACUUAAACGAUUCGAACUUGAUUCAGUUUGCUCAGAACUUCAUUAACGAGAUCAUAGAAGGCAGUGAAGUGGUCUCUGACUUGAAAGCUUUUCCGUCUGCACAACUUGAAUUACGAAAUGGUGAUGAUUCGGGGUCUGCAGAGGAGGGAAACUGUAAAUUAGGUGACGGGGAAUUGAAUGAUGAGGCCGAAUCAAAUGGUGGCAGCAAGAUCAGGGAAGAUGGAUUUCACCUAUUCAAGAACUUGUGCAAGUUUUCGAUGAAAUUCUCAGCGCAGGAAAAUCCUGAGGAUCAUCUUCUCUUGAGGGGGAAGAUUUUGUCCCUGGAGUUACUAAAGAUUGUCAUGGAACACGGAGGUCCAACUUUUUGGCGGACAAAUGAGAGGUUUCUCAAUGCUCUCAAGCAGUAUCUUUGCUUGUCUUUGUUAAAGAAUAGUGCGUUGUCAGUCAUGAGUAUUUUCCAACUUUUGUGUUCUAUUUUCAUGAGUAUGUUAUUGAAGUUCAGAUCAGGAUUGAAGGCAGAAAUUGGGAUUUUCUUUCCAAUGCUUGUCCUUCGAGUGCUUGAAAAUGUCCUUCAGCCUAGUUUUUUGCAGAAAAUGACAGUUCUCAACUUGUUGGAAAAGAUUUCUCAUGAUUCACAGGUCAUCAUUGACAUUUUUGUGAACUAUGAUUGUGAUGUGGAUGCACCAAAUAUUUUUGAAAGGACUGUCAAUGGCCUUCUGAAGACGGCUUUAGGUCCACCUCCUGGCUCUACCACAACUUUGUCUCAGGCCCAGGAUAUUGCUUUCCGUCUUGAAUCAGUCAAGUGCUUGGCUGGAAUCAUCAAAUCAAUGGGAGUCUGGAUGGACCAGCAGCUGCGAGUUACAGAUUUCUAUCCAUUGAAAGGCCCUGAAAAUGAUGCAUCAAUAGAGAGCAUUAACAUACUUGGUGAAGAAGGAGCUGCUGUUGACUAUGAGUUGCUCUCUGAAUCAAGCUCUGAAUUAUCAAAGGCUGCUACACUUGAGCAACGCCGAGCAUAUAAGAUAGAAUUUCAGAAAGGUAUUUCAUUAUUCAAUAGGAAACCUUCCAAAGGCAUUGAGUUUCUAAUAAAUGCCAACAAAAUUGGUGGUUCUCCAGAAGAUGUAGCUUCAUUUCUAAAAAAUACUUCUGGCUUGAAUGAAACCAUGAUUGGAGACUAUUUGGGCGAAAGAGAGGAGUUCUCUUUGAAAGUCAUGCAUGCUUAUGUGGAUUCAUUUAAUUUUGAAGCAAUGGAUUUCGGGGAAGCAAUUAGGUUCUUCUUACGGGGCUUCAGAUUGCCCGGGGAGGCACAAAAGAUUGACCGCAUAAUGGAGAAGUUUGCUGAGAGAUAUUGUAAAUGUAACCCGACUUCUUUUAGUCGUGCUGAUACUGCUUACGUUCUGGCUUACUCUGUGAUAAUGCUCAACACUGAUGCUCAUAAUAGCAUGGUAAAAGACAAGAUGUCUAAAGCUGAUUUCAUUCGCAAUAACCGUGGGAUAGAUGAUGGGAAGGACUUACCAGAAGAGUAUCUGGGGGCUUUAUAUGAUCAGAUUGUGAAAAAUGAAAUAAAAAUGAAUGCUGAUUCUUCUGCCCCACAAAGCAAGCAGGCAAAUAGCUUUAAUAAGUUAUUGGGCUUGGAUGGCAUACUCAAUCUAGUCACUGGGAACAAGACAGAAGAAAAACCAUUAGGUGCAAAUGGGGCUCUCAUAAGACAUAUUCAGGAGCAGUUUAGAGCGAAGACAGGCAAAUCAGAGUCUGUCUACUAUGCUGUCACGGAUACUGCAAUAUUGAGGUUUAUGGUGGAGGUUUGCUGGGCUCCAAUGCUAGCUGCAUUCAGUGUGACCCUUGAUCAGAGUGAUGAUAAGGUUGCCACAUCUCAAUGCUUACAGGGCUUUAGGCAUGCUGUUCAUGUCACUGCAGUGAUGGGCAUGCAGACACAGAGAGAUGCUUUUGUUACAUCUGUAGCUAAGUUUACAUACCUUCAUUGUGCUGCAGAUAUGAAGCAAAAGAAUGUUGAUGCUGUGAAGGCAAUUAUGUCAAUUGCCAUUGAAGAUGGCAAUUACCUUCAGGAAGCCUGGGAACACAUAUUAACAUGCCUCUCCCGAUUUGAGCAUCUACAACUGUUAGGAGAAGGUGCACCACCUGAUGCUUCUUUUUUCACAGUACCUCAAUCUGAAACAGAAGAAAAGACACAAAAGCCAAUUGGAUUUCCACACUUAAAGCGGAAAGGAAGUUCUAUGCAGAAUCCAGCUGUAAUGGCUGUUGUUCGAGGAGGUUCUUAUGAUAGCGCUACUCUUGGGGUUAAUACCUCAGGGCUUGUGUCGGCAGAACAAAUCAGUAAUUUUAUUUCCAACUUGAACCUGCUUGACCAAAUUGGAAAUUUUGAGCUAAACCACAUAUUUGCCCAUAGCCAGAGGCUGAACAGUGAAGCAAUAGUAGCUUUUGUAAAAGCCCUCUGUAAAGUUUCCAUGGCAGAGUUGCAGUCUCCAUCAGAUCCUCGUGUUUUCAGCCUUACAAAAAUAGUUGAAAUUGCGCACUACAAUAUGAACCGCAUCAGAUUGGUGUGGUCACGGAUAUGGAAUGUGCUUUCAGAUUUCUUUGUUUCAGUUGGAUUGUCAGAAAAUCUUUCUGUUGCAAUAUUCGUGAUGGAUUCACUUAGACAGCUGGCUAUGAAAUUCUUAGAGCGUGAGGAGCUGGCAAACUACAACUUCCAGAAUGAAUUUCUAAGACCCUUUGUGAUAGUAAUGCAGAAAAGCAGCUCUGCAGAAAUUAGGGAAUUAAUAGUUCGUUGCAUCUCACAGAUGGUACUAAUCCGUGUCAACAAUGUGAAGUCUGGCUGGAAAAGUGUUUUUAUGGUUUUUACAACUGCAGCAGCAGAUGAACGCAAGAAUAUUGUUCUAUUGGCUUUUGAGACCAUGGAGAAAAUAGUCCGAGAUUAUUUUCCCUACAUAACUGAGACAGAAACUACAACCUUCACUGAUUGUGUUAGAUGUCUUAUCACCUUUACAAGUAGCAGAUUUAACAGUGAUGUUAGCCUUAAUGCCAUUGCAUUUCUCCGGUUCUGUGCUGUCAAACUUGCUGAUGGCGGACUGGUUUGCUAUGAGAAGACCAAGGAAAGUGAUACAUCCAUUCCAGUAGUAGAUGAAGAUGCUUCAGAUGGACACCCUUUCACAGAUAAAGAUGAUCAGGUGUACUUUUGGGUUCCUUUGCUUACAGGUUUGUCUAAACUGACUUCUGAUCCCCGACCAGCUAUCAGAAAGAGUUCUUUGGAAGUGCUUUUUAACAUUCUAAAGGACCAUGGUCACAUUUUCUCACGCUCCUUCUGGAUGGGUGUUUACAAAUCUAUUAUUUUCCCCAUAUUCAGUAGCUUUCAGGACAAAAUAGAAACUCAAAGUAUGAAUGAUGACCAGUCUUCACCAAAUUCCAGAUUUCAACAACCUAGAAUGGGAAGCAUGUGGACUUCUGAAACUUCUACAGUGGCAGCACAGUGUCUAGUUGACCUGUUUGUUAGUUUCUUUGAUGUGGUGCGGUCUCAGCUUCCAAGUGUUGUAUCAGUAUUCAUGGGUUUUAUUACCAAUCCUUAUUUGAAUCGUAGCAUUGGAGUAGCCGCAUUGCUGCGUUUAGCAGGUGAUUUGGGACACAGACUUUCAGAAAAUGAAUGGAAAGAGAUCUUUAUGGCCUUGACAGAGGUAGCUGCUUCAACUCUGCCUGGAUUUUGGAAGGUCCUUGGAACCAUGGAUAACAUUGAAGUACCUGAUGUUUCUCAAUCCUAUAGAGAUAGAGAUGAAUUCUUUUAUGACCAGGGUUCCACCACUGAUGAUUUUGAGGAUGAUAGCCUUCAAACUGCCGCGUAUGUGGUUUCUAGAAUAAAAGGUCAUAUAGCUAUGCUACUUCUUGUAAUACAGGUCAUAAAUGAUCUCUACAAGGUGCAUCAACAAUACUUAUCAACAGCCAACAUUAUGAUCCUUCUUGAGAUGUUCUCAUCUAUUGCAUCUCAUGCCAAUGAGCUUAGCUCCAAAACCGCCCUACAAGUGAAGUUGCAGAGAGCCUGCUCCAUCUUGGAGAUCCCAGAUCCACCUGUGGUACACUUUGAAAACGAGUCCUACCAGAACUAUCUCAAUUUUUUGCGGACUCUUUUGAUGGACAAGCCAUCACUGUGUGAAGAGAUGAACGUUGAAGCCAAACUUGUGGCGGUAUGUGAAAAAAUAUUGCAGAUAUAUCUGAACUGUGCAGGAUGUCUGACCGAGCAGAAAUGUAACCAGCCAGUACUACACUGGAUACUUCCAUUGGGUUCUGCGAAGAAAGAAGAGUUGGCAGCUCGGACUUCAUUUGUUGUGUUAGCUUUGCGGGUAUUGAGUGGCUUGGAGAGGAAUUCGUUUAGGAGAUAUGUAGCGCACUUCUUCCCUUUACUGGUAGAUCUCGUACGAUGUGAGCACAGCUCUGGAGAAGUUCAACGUGUUGUAAGUGACAUAUUCCAAUUAAAUAUCGGCCCUAUUAUAAUGGAUUUGUGAUAUAGAAUUAAUUUCGUGUUAUCAUGUUCCCUUAGCUAUUUUAUAUCUUCAGCUAUCUGUAGCGGGAGACCUUUUAUUUUUUCUUUGUAAAGUAUGCAGAGGCUGAUCUCAGUCUUCUGAGUGUACAGGAAAUUGAGCUAAAAUAUAAUGAAUAUUCAUCCAUCUUCA